AUGGUACUAUAGUCGAUGUGCCACAAGUUGAAAUUUCAUGGAACGACACUCCGCUGUUUCGAUUUGUGCGGUAGCGCACAUCGUGCGAAUUUGCCAACCUCGGCCACGCUAAUUUUUUGCCUAUUUAUAAUUUUGAUCUUUUUUUAAUUAUUUUAUUUCUUUAAAAAUGUAUUAUUAUCGUUGAAAAAGAUUACAAAUGUAAACGAAAGAACACAGUAAAUUUCAUGAUCUUCCUCGAAAAAAGCGAUAAAAAAUGUGUUUUUGUUAAAGCCAUGUUUUAAUGUUUUCAUCGUUUUUUUUUUCUGUUUGUUGCCGUGGUUAAUGGAUUUUUUUUAGAAAGUGAGUAUAAAAUGAAGAAGUGUACGCACUAUGAAAUACAGAGAUCGGUUUCAGUCAACAUAAGUUUUUCACUGCUUAUUUAUCCUCUGGUUUAUUGGCAUUCCGAAAAAUUUUAUUCAUCCAUUGCACUGCCAAAAAGUUCGUAAAACUAAAGAAUUAUCGAAAAAAAAAAAUUUAUUUGAAAACGGCAAAUUAUGAAAUGGGAAAGCGUGACCGAGAUCCGCAAAGGCAUUGAUUCUUCACGGCCACAAGGCCACCGAGCGGAGUGUCGUUCCAUGAAAUUUCAACUCGUGGCACAUCGACUAUAUUAGACUUCUAAAACUACUGUAUUGAUAGUAACUUCCAAAGAAUUUUCAUAGUGACCACUUUAGUGUCCUCUCCAAGUAAUUUUUGAGGAGCCCUUAAGGGGUUACUAGAGCUUUUCACAGAAAUAGUGAGAAUUAGCGAUUUUUUCGAUUUUCAGUUGAGAAUUUCUAAGAAAAAAUCGGUUCACCGAAUUUUAGGUCGUUUUUUGUCAAUUCUUCAGCUUUUUCAUUUAAAAAUGGAUUUUCUGGGCUUUGAACACCUUUUUUAGAGAUUUCUUGAGGACUCUGUCUGUAUUAAUAUUAACAAAUUCAUCACGGACUUUGUCUUGUUUUUUUUCGAAGUAUCAAAGAAAUAAUCAUAAUUUAUUCCGCAAAAAUAAAAAAAUAGGAUCGAAAUUUUUUUCCGUUUUUUUAUCACUAUUUUCUCGAGGUUCCAAGCAAAAUAAGCCUUAAAUUAUCAUUUUCAGAUGAAAAAAAUUUCUUCCACCGAUUUUUAUUCAGCCUUUCUCGCUUUACUCAAGGAAUGCCGUCAAAACUUGAAUUAAUAUAAAUUUUCCUAGAGUUUUAAUAGUCGGAAAAAAACAUUAAUUUAAUCGUGUUCAGUUAAGAAAGGAGGUUAAAAAAAUCAUCACUGAAGCUUUUUUUAAAUGAAACAGUUUGAAAAAUUUAGUAAAGUUUUUUUCAAAUCGUGUUUUCUGUCGAAAAAGGGUCAGAAAAAAAUCUCCUUUCUGCCAGUUUCAGCACCUCAUUUGAAUAUAAAUUCCUUCUCUCCGUAAUUUCCUGUCCCGCCAGAUUCUACAGAGUGAUAAAAAGAAGAAAAGUGUUCGUAUUUUAAGGAUUUUUUUUUUUGCAGGCGGCUGGUCCAGCGUCGGCCAUGCUCAAGGCGAAGAAGAAGGACAAGGAGACCAAGGUCGGCUUUUUUGUAGAAUAAAUACGUAUUUUAUAGAAAAAGUUAAAAAUAUGGAUAACUGAACGUUAUGAGUUCAAUUGUGAAAAAAAAAAAUUUUUUUUUGAGAUUGGAAUUUUUGAAUUAGCCCUGACACUUGUGCGCUCCAUGGGUAAUUUUUUAAUUUUCAAAAGAGUUUUUUUUGGACCGUAUUUUUUUAUUAAAAUUGGCUCAAUUCAAGGCUUCCUGAUUUUAAAAAAACAAGGAAAAAUCAGUUUUUGCUUUGUAGUAGAUUCAUGACACUUCAAAUACAUAGAGAAAGUUUUUUUUUAUGAUUUUUUUAGAAUUUUAGAGAGAUAUGACAAAAAAAUUGAAAAAAAGUUUGAUUUUUAUAGGAACAGAAGACCUUGAAAUACAGUAAAAGCAGGUUUCAUAAGAAAUUUUAAUCGGAGGCCUGAAAAUUUGAAUUUUUAGUUAGCUCAAUAUUAGCUUCGGAUUUUUUUCACUUUAUCUUUAUAUUUUUUUCGAUUUUAGUUCAAUCUGUAGACUUUGGAAAUGAAUUAGCGUACUUUUUAUUCAAAAAUUUAUGAAUAAAAAAAUAAUUUUUCAAAAGCCAAUUUUCCAGGUAGAAAAGGACAAGAAAGAAGAGAAAAAGGAGAAAAAGAAAGAUGAGCCGGCCCUGAACCCGACGACCACUGCAAACAUCCCAACCAUCCAGACUGAAGAUGUCGGAGGUGAAAAUUACAUUUUUAUUGCUGUUAAUGACGUCAUAAAUCACCGAAAUAAUUAUUAGAAUGACGUCAUCAAGACAAAAAAUCGUUGGAGUAUGGAGGUAUCAAAAUUCAAAUGUCUGGUUUCAAAAUUUAAAUUUCCUUACUGAUCUUUUCUCAUUUUAUCGCCGAUUUUGAACAUUUUUGUACAAGAAAACUUGGAAAAUGUCAAUUUUUCUGAUUUUUGGACCGUCAAUGAUGUUUUUUGUUUCAAGAAUUCACGAAGAGUGGCCUUAAUUCAACUUUCAUAUCUCAAAUUCUAAUUAUCUAGCUGGUUUUGAACAUUUUUGUAAAAUAAAAACGGGAAAAAUAACACUUAUCUUGAUUUCUGGACCAUCAAAAUGCUCAAAUUCAUUUUUUGAACCGAAAUUUCUUUUUUUUUUCUGGAUUAUCAAAUAUUUUUCCAAACAGCUAUUUUUAAGAGCCUGGUGCUUAAACUUAACAUAUAAAAUCCAAAUUUCAGUUUUCUGGCCCAUUUUGAACAUUUUAGUGCAAAGAAACGUGAGAAAUGUAAGAUUUUCUGAUUUCUGGACCAUCGAAUAUUUUUCAAAUAGUUAUUUUUGAGAGCUAGGCAACUUUUAGAAGCAAAAAUAUAAUUUUCUGGCCCAUUUUGAAAAAUUCAGUGCAAGGAAACGUGAGAAGUGUAAAUUUUUUUGAUUUCUAGAUCAUUAUAUAUUUGUUCAAAUAGCUAUUUUAAGAGCCUGGUGCUUAAACUUAACAUAUAGAGUCAAAAUUCCAGUUUUCUGGCCAAUUUUGAACAUUUUGGUGCAAGAAAAACGGGAAAAAUGGAAAAAAACACUGUAGUGACCACUUAAGGGGCUUCUCAAGUACUACCUGGAGAGAACACUUAAGUGGCCACUUGAAAUUUUCCUAGUAGAUGUUUGAAUUUGACUUUUUGAACCGAAAUUAUAGAAUUUUAGCCCUAUUUGUGUCAUUAAACUUGAGAAACUCCCAAUUUCCUGUUUUCUGGACCAUCAAUUACUGUUUCAAGUAGCUAUUUUUGAAAGCUAGGGCAACUUUUAGAACCCCAAUUUUAGUCUUUCUAGCCGGUUUUUGAACAUUUUAGUGCAAGGAAACGUGAGAAAUGUCAAUUUCAAUCAGAUUUCUGGCCCCCGAUUGAUUGGCCAGCCAUUUUGCGGUAGUCGAGGCUUUUUUUUUCUUCGUCCGUCUGUUCUCUUCUCGUCGUUCGUACAGUAGCGAUAAGCGACCUGUGGCGGAUAUUUAAUUGCCUACCUUUUGAUAUGAUAACGGCCCAGUAAUUCGCCCAUUUUUCCACCCUUUCUCGGUUUUUGCAGGAAAAUUCUCUUGAAAUGAGUAGGUUUUUUCGUUUUUUUGUGAUAAUUUUGAAGAGAAGUUGGUUGUGAUAUUUAAAAAGAAAAUUUGAUCGAUAAUGAUUUUUAAGGUGAUUUGUGAUCAUUUUGAAGGUGUAGAACUGUCUUUUUUCGGAUUUUUUGUUGGUAUGAGUAGGUUUUUUCGUUUUUUUUUUGUGAUUUAUUUGGGAUUUUCAUGGAAAAUUAAUAGUGAUAUUUAAAAUUGAAAAGAGAAAUUGAUCGAUAAUGAUUUUUUGGCUUCAUUUUUGUUCAUUUUGAAGGUGUAGAACUGUCUUUUUUCGGAUUUUUUGUUGGUAUGAGCAGAUUUAUAAAUGUUUUUCAAUUGUAAAUUGAAGCAAAAUGAAGGUAUACAUAGGAAAAAUUAGUGAUAGGUAAUCGAUAAUGAUGUGCUCAGGUGAUUUUUGGUCAUUUUUACGAGGUAGAACUGUCUUUUUCCGGAAAUUUCUCUUGAAAUGACUACAUUUUUGAAAACUUCUCGGGUUUUUUUAAUAGAGAAGUGAGGAGGAAUGAAGGUUUCUAUAGAAAAAAAGUAGCGAUAGGUAAUCGAUAGUGAUGUCAUCAGGAGGUUUUAGAUCAUUUUAAAGAGGUAGAAAUUUAUUUUUUUCCUGUCUUUUUUUCGAAAAAAAUUUAGUUGAAAAACCUUUGGUUUUUUUCAAUUCUCAUUCAAAGCGGAACCUAAUAUUGCCCUAUUUUCAUCCUUCUUUCUCAAUUUUGCAGGAAUUUUUGUUGAAAUGAGCAGUUUUUUGUGAUUUUGAGAGGGAAUGAAGGUUUCUAUAGCAAAAUUGAAUGAUAAAUAAUCGAUAAUGAUUUUUUUAAAGUGAUUUUCGAUCAUUUGUAAGAGAUAGAACUCCAUUCCAGUUGUCUUUGUUGGGAAAUUUUGGUUAUAAUGAGUUGAUUUUCCGUGUUUUUGAUAGGAAAUUGAAGAGAAGUGUAAGGGGGAUAGUGAUAAAUAAUCGAUAAUGGUUUGAGUGGCUGAUUUUUGACCAUUUUGAAAAGUUUUCAACAUAAAUUUAGAUUUUUUGGACCCUUUUUUGAGUAUUUUUUGAGUGGAAGUUUGAAAGAAUUCGAGAAAAAAUAUGAAUUUUUCAUUUUUAAUACAUUCAUUUUGAAAAAAAACUAGAUUUUCGUGUUAAAAGUGGCUUUUUUGAAAUAUUUCAGUGGUAUUUUGCGUUUUUUUAAAUUCUAGAUCAGGGUUUUUCAAUAUAAAAGUUGAAGGAAAGUAGAAAAUUUUUGGGAUUUUUGGAACUUUUCCCCUUUUUCUCAAUAUAAAUCGGUUGUGAAAAAAAUGAAGUUUAACCAAUUUUUUCCUCGAUUCAUCUCAAAAAUUCCUCACAAAAUUUCCAAAUGAAUGCGUAUCUUUGUGAAGAAUAAUUUAAUGGAAUUUUCUUCGAAUCUUAAUGAAAUUUUCCGUUGUUUUCGACGGCCUAACGCCCCCAUUUUCGUGAAUAUUUUUUUGGGUUUUUUUCUUUUUUUUCUAAUAUUUGAUUGGAGCAUUUUCAUUGAAGAUUCAAUCUGAACAAUGUUUUUUUGGUCAAAAAUUUAAGUUUCAUAGGUCAUAACUAUCAAUAUUUAUGUAUUUAAAAAAAUUAGAAUAUUCAGAGGUGCUCUAAGGAAGGUUCUUCAAGGGGUAUUUUUUUGUAAAAUGGCUAAGAAUUAUAUUUUUUUAAAAAGUUAAUUUUUAGCUUUUUCCCUCUUUUCCUUAUAUAUUUCUAGCUCAGUUUCUUCAUUUUCCCAAUAUUUUCAAGUUCUCCCUUCGAAAGACGAAUUGUUUUCAAUAUAGGUGACAAAGAUGCAGGUUUUUGCGGGAUGCUUGUUCUUGGAUUUCGUUUUUUUCUUCUUUCUCAGAAAAAUUAAACGAAAUCCAUUGAAGAAAUAAUUUUUUUAAAUGUCCUAAAAAUUAGGGAAAAAAAUAGUUCAAAUUGUGUCUUGGCGUUGGAAAAUUCAACUAGAUGAAUAAAAAAAAGGGAAAAUUUUGGAACGUUUUGUUGAAUUUCUAAUUUCUAAAUUUCUUCUACGAUUUCGGUAGCUCAAAUCUUGAUAUUUUAAAGUAUUUUCAAGAAAAAUUUUAUUGGAUCUUAAUUUUUGGAUAAUUUAAGCUGUUAUGUAAGUUUUUUUCACCCAAAAAUUAAAGAAUUUCAUCGUUGGUUUUCUAUAAGUCAAAUGUUUUAAGUGGCCACUUCAGGGUUUUGACGUUUUAGUGGCCCCGAUAGUGGUCGGUUUAAUGACCUUUUUAGGAGUGCAAGUGGGACUCACCAAAAAACUACUUAAGUGGCCACUAAGACGCAAAAGAGUGACUUCUAUAGAGAUUUUUUUCAGUUGCCACUUAAGUUUCCUCUCCAGGUAGCCCUUAAGGAACGUCUUAAGUGUCCACUCGAGUUUUUUUCACGUUUUUUGAUGCUCCAGCUUUCUACAAAUAAGCAUUUUAUGAGACCUUGACUUCAAUUUUUGAGGUUUUUUGUUCAGAAUUCGCAUAAUUUUGAAUGAAAAAUGAAAGUAAUUUAUUUUUUUCCAGGCGACAUGAUCCCGCCGGAUGCGCCGCCGCCAACGAACAUCCGACGAAAUAAUUAUGGGGGAGGUAAGAAGAAAAAGAAAUGUGUUUAUUUGUUUUUCCCGAAGAUUUAUGUGGAUUUUAUAAUUGUUGGCUGUCGAAUUCGUGACAAAAUUCGGAAAAAAGGCCUAUUUUUAGCGCUUUCUCGAUUUUUCUAGGCUUUUUGUUUGAUUUCUUAGCUUUUAAGGUUCAGUUUAUAGAAAGAAAUAAUUUAGAAAGCUCACCAAUUUAUCAAAAAGGGCUUUCAGAAACGCUCCUUUGAAAAUGGGUUAUUUUUGAUAAAAAUAUGAACUACAUAUAAUUUUUUUCGGCAAUAACAAUAUUAGGAUCUCAAGCUUUCAUGAAUCGAUGAGAGGCUUUUUAUUUAAAGGAAUUUGUGCUCUACGGAUAAUUUUCUUAUUUUUCUUUUUAGUGGUUCAAAAAACGGAAGAGAUCGAUUGAAGGCCUAUUUUCGUUAGAAAAAUGUGCUCUAUUGAUAAGUUUUCGUAUAAAGUAUGCUCCAUAAACAAGUUUUCUGAUUUUUCUUUCUAGUGGCGCGGAAAUCGGAUAUUCAAAUUUACAUAAAUCGAUUGAAGGCUUAUUUUUGUUAGAAAAUGUGCUCUAUUGAUAAAUUUUGUAUGCAACUUGCUCUAUGGACAAUUUUCUGAUUUUUCUUUCGAGCUUUGCAAAAAACGGAUACUCAAACGAAAAUAGAUUUAAAGAGCCAACUUUUUAAAGAAAAUGUGCUCUAUCGAGAAAAGUUGGGUAAUAUUUUUUCCGGGCAAUUUCGGCAGAUUUUGCGCUGUAUAAGUUGUCAUUUUAGUGAAAUAGAGCGGUUUGUAGCUUUUUUCGAAGAAAUUCAGUGCAAAGCUGAUCAUGGAGCCUCAAGGCAACUUAUGGGAAUAAUUUUGAAUUUUUUAGGGGGAAUUAUUGACUUUUCUGAUGAAAGGGACCUUAGGAAGGAUUUCAAAACGAAUAAACUGAAAAUAAUGAUUUCAGGACCAAUGAUUGGACGACGGGACCGACGACAAUCCAGCAGUUUGUUCAAUAUUUCCUCAAAUCGGGAACUCGUCAAGUUACCUUUGAUCAGAGGUACAGCCUAUUCCGCGCCAGCUUGUCACGGUUUUUGUUUUUUUACGAGCUCUGGAAUCCUUCCGGGGAGUUUUCAUUCAGGGAACGCGGCCUGACUUUUUGCAGGCGCCUUUUAUUUGACCAAAUAUGUCCGUUAUUAAAGGCGCAGGCACAUACGCAGGCCUCUGUCCGUUAUUAAAGGCGCAGGCACAUACGCAGGCCUCUGUCCGUUAUUAAAGGCGCAGGCACAUACACAGGCUUCUGUCCGUUAUUAAAGGCGCAGGCACAUACGCAGGCCUCUGUCCGUUAUUAAAGGCGCAGGCACAUACGCAGGCCUCUAUCCGUUAUUAAAGGCGCAGGCACAUACGCAGGCCUCUGUCCGUUAUUAAAGGCGCAGGCACAUACGCAGGCCUCUGUCCGUUAUUAAAGGCGCAGGCACAUACGCAGGCCUCUGUCCGUUAUUAAAGGCGCAGGCACAUACGCAGGCCUCUGUCCGUUAUUAAAGGCGCAGGCAAAAACGCAAGCCACGCACAUCGAAGGGAUAGGUUCCGUAGCUCGAUGGGAAAUCAAAAUGGUGACAAGCUGGAAUGAGCUUCAUUGAAAAUAAUUGCUCUCUUCCUUCAAAUGAAAGUUCGAUUACAGAAUCAGACGCUUCUGAGCGAGAGGAGUUGUUCAUCAAGAAGCUCCGUCAAUGUUGCGUCGUUUUCGACUUCGUUCAGGACGCUCUGAGCGACUUGAAACACAAGGAAGUUGGUAUUAUAGUGGCUCCAAAUUAGGAAACUUUGUGAAAAACUCUAAAACUUUCAGUUUAAAUUUAUCAUUUCACUUGAAAAGCUCGUUUUUUCGUAAUUUUCAGCGCUUUGGGGGAGGUUCUCAAAGACCUUAGGCCUUCAAAAUGAAGAUAAAUCAAGCUUUUCCUAUUAUAGUCAAACUUGCCCAUCAAAAAUGUUGAACUCUAUCGAUCCAGGAAAGAAAUAGAGACAUUUUCGCCUUUUUUAAGCUUUAAAACUCGAUUAGAAGGCCAAAAUCGCGAUAUUUUUGCCUUUCCGGGAAUCAGAAUGCUUUGAACUUGAAACACAAGGAAGUUGGUAUUUUUGGUGGUACCCAAUAGGGAAUCUUGUGGAAAACUGAUGAUUUUUGGUGUAAAUUUCUCCUUUCAAUAGGUUUUCAUUUCUAAAAAGGGCAAUUUUUAAGGAUUUUUCAAAAAAAUUUUUAGUCGAGUUAUACCAUUAAUAACUUUGAACUUUGCCAAUCCAGUGAAAAAAAGGGCGUUUUGAGGCUCCUCAGAAGGUCAAAAUCCUGAUAUUUUUGCUUUUCUUAAGAUUAGAAUGCUGAAAAGAAUUUAUAAAAAAAGUUUCUUCAAAUUCUCUCAAUGUCAUUCAUUUUAAUCCCCUUGGGGGAUCAUACAGAUGCAAAAAAAAAAAACACUUUUUUUGAUCUCAACUUUCUUGUAUGGAGUUUAAUCUUCGUGAAACUUUCUGAAGGUGUAAUGACUGUUAUUUGUUAUGACCAGAAGAAAUUCCAGCUCGCAGAAAAAAAAAACGCAGGUUUAUAGUGUUGGAAAUAGAUUGAGCUUCGUACAAAAAAGUUGUGAACAACUUUUUUUGGGUUUUUGUCGACAGUGAAACCUUUUUGGAUUAUUUCGGCUUUUCGGAAAAGUUUGAAGUUUUUUUUAAAGAUCUAAAGGUAUAUUUAUACUUAUGAGGAGGACAUAUUUUGAAAAAAUUGGAAAAAAUACCUAUUUUCCGUCUUUUCAGGUGAAAAGAGCCGCUCUGAAUGAACUCGUCGAGUAUGUCUCGACUAGCAGAGGCGUUAUCACUGAUUCCGUCUAUCCAGAAGCCGUCGAAAUGGUGAUUUUCAAGGAUUUUUUUCGGGAAAAAGGGUCUUACAACAAAGACUAUUGAAGCGAUUUUUGUACUUUUUGAUAGGAAAAAAAAAGUUUAUCAGCGUACUUUUUUUUCCCGAUUUUCGUUCUGUUAGAUGUGCAGGUUUUAGGAAAAACACAUUCUCUUAAGGAAAAAAAUACAAAAAAAUCGUUUUAGUACGAAUUUUAUGAUCAAGUUUUUACGAAAAAUACAAAUUUUGGUCAUAAUUUUUUUAGAGUUUAUGGUGAAAUUUUGAUAGAAAAAAAGUGAUUUUUAAGAUUUUUUUAGUGGAUGCGCAGUUUGGCAGGAAAAAUCAAUGCCAAAUGGAAAAAAAUUCGAAAAUUUAGGAUUUUCAAAGCAUUUCAGAAUAAAAUUUCCCACUAGAGUUUUUUUGAAGUUGAUACUUCAAUUAAAAAGUUCGUCUAGGAUUUCACUAGGCUUUAAAGUUUUCUAAAAAUCAUUUUUAAAGCCUAGAAGUUACAAAAAAAGCUCGGAAGUAUAUGAAAAUUGCGAUUUUCCAGUUCUCAAGGAACUUAUUCCGGCCAUUGUCGCCACCCACGAAUCCAGUUGGAGCCGAGUACGAUCCAGACGAGGACGAACCGACUUUAGAAGCUGCCUGGCCGCAUUUACAGGUCAUUUUCGGGACCAUUUUGAUUUUUGAAGGGAACCAGGGGCAUAUACGUUUCAGAAGGCAUGAAUAAGGUUGAAAAUUGCGGGAACUUGAAUGCUAGGAGGAAAGCCGCAGUAUAACUCGAUGAAUAAUUUAUUCUUCUGAAAGUUUGACAGGCCAUUUACAGGUCAUUUUCGGGACCAUUUUGAUUUUUGAAGGUAGGAAAUACGUUUCAAAAGGCUUUAAUAAGGUUGAAAAUUGCUGGAGCUUGAGUUGACUUCUUACUCGAUGAAUAAUUAAUUCUUCUGAAAAUUCGAUUGACGAAUCUGAAGUUUGUAAUUAAAGUCGGAUAGUCAGAAGCUGCCUGGCCCCAUUUACAGGCCAUUUUCGGGACCAUUUCGAUUUUUGAAGGUAGGAAAUACGUUUCAAAAGGCUUUAAUAAGGUUGAAAAUUGCUGGAGCUUGAGUGGAAACAUAUAACUCGGUGAAUAAUUAAUUAUUAUAAAAACUUGAUUGGAAAAAUCCGAAGUUUCUAAUGAAAGUCUGAUAGUUAGAAGCUGCCUGGCCCCAUUUACAGGCCAUUUUCGGGACCAUUUCGAUUUUUAAGGAAACCAGGGGAAAAUACGUUUCCAAAGGCAUGAAUAAGGUUGAAAAAUCAAGAGAAGACUGAUUAGAGGUUACUGAGCAGUGGGAACAGCUGGAGUAUGUCCUUUAGGGAGAAAAAGGCCUCUACGGAGGUGUACUGAAGGGCCCCUGUAAGAGCCCUUAAAUGGUCAUUUAAGACCCAUUACAGGGAACUAUCAAGCAGAAAAAUAAUUCAAAAGUCAUCCUACAGGAUAUUUCCCCCUUAAAGAGGUCCUCAUACAAUCCCUAUAGGGCCCACUGAGCCUCAACCUCCCUUUAGGACCCCUUCAGUUUUUACCAAAACUAAGCGAAAAGGAUAUGAAAAUCUGAUUUUUAGAAGCUUCAAUAAAAUCAUUUUUUGAAGGAAAAUAUGUUCCGAAGGGUUAUAAAAAUGCUUGGAAUCGAUAAAAUAAAUUUUUGAGUUGAUUAUUUGGGAAAAAGGGGAUUAUUAUCCAGGUUUUUGUGAAAGAGGAAGAUUGGGAUUUCUGAAAAUAAGGAAAACAUGUAUAUACAGGCAUUUUUUAUGUGGACUUCAAAAAAAAAGGACAUUUUUUUUCAGUUGGUCUACGAAUUUUUCCUGAGAUUUCUCGAAUCGCCCGACUUUCAGCCGUCGAUCGCCAAAAAACACAUUGAUCAGAACUUUAUUUUGAGGGUUUGUUUGGAUUUUUUUCCCCCUUAGGAAAAAUUGAUAGAAUUUUAUAAAAUAGUGAGAAAAAGGGCUUUUUAAAGUGUUUAUUGUACUUAACAAUAAUAAUAAUGAUAUUUAAUUACAAGCAAAAACAAAAAUAAAAUGUACAAGACUGAUUUUGAAAAAGAAAAAAUUUGACAAUGAUGCCUGAAAUAAAUUUAAAAAAAGGUACUUCUAAAGCUUAAGGUGAUUUAUUUUAAUUUUUAUUUUUUUUGGCUCGAGGGAUUUUUCAGUUCAUUUUGAUGCUGAAAUUUUUUUGAAGCUAGUUAUUGAAGUUUAUUUUAAUCUCUGGUUGAAUUUGAGCUUCCAAAACGAAUUUUUUUAACGGUACUCAAAUUUAGUCAAAAAAAUAGCUUUUUUUCAAGCGUUACUGUAUUUUUUUGAACCUUGAAACUGAUUUUUCUAGUUUUUUUUUUCGCGGAAAAAAUUUGAUUUAAGUUUUCCGUUCAAUAUUUUGCCUUGAAAAAAUUCCUUUCAUUUUUUUUUUGAUAGUUUUCAGUUUGAUUUGACACUAUAUUUCUUGAAAUUUACCAUAAGCAUGUCGAUUUUGAGCUUUCCAAUGGAUAUCCAAUUUUAAAAAGUACACAAUUUCAUCUAUCCUACAUUUAUUUGAAUUAUUGAAUGGGCUAUUGAAAAAUUAAUCAAAUUAUUGAUAGAAGUCGGUUUUUUUAGUCACUUUUAUACACUUGAAAGUAGAAUAAAAAGCUUCUUUUUUUAAUAUUUUCAGCAAAUUUUUCACCUUUGAUCUCUAAUUUUAAAUCUAAUUAAACUCCUAAGAUUCACAAAUUUAUUCUCAUAGGCAUAUCUUUCAGUUAUUAAUGAUAAUGGAUUCGGAAGACCCGCGAGAGCGCGACUUCUUAAAAACGACACUUCAUCGGAUUUACGGAAAGUUCCUCGGGAUGCGCGCCUUCAUCAGGUUAUACUCAUCAUGAUUUUUGAAUGAGAAAUGGAUUUUUCGUUCAGAAAGCAGAUGAACAACAUCUUCUACUCGUUCAUCUACGAAACCGAGCGCCAUAAUGGCAUCGCUGAGCUGUUGGAGAUACUUGGUGGGGUUUGAGGGAAUAAUCGAGUUUCAGAAAUUCCUAGUGGUCACUUCAGAGUUCUGACGUUUUAGAGGUUGAAAUAGUGACCCCCUUAGGGUUUUGACUUUCUAGUGGCCACUACAGUGAUCUUUUGUCAAAAGAAUUUUCAGAGAAAAUCCAAUCUUUUAAAAGUUUUCUGCAGAACUUUCUAGCGGCUACUUCAGGGUUCUGAAGUUUUAGUGGUCACUAUAGUGUCGUUUUUUGUUUUCAUUCAUAUUUGAUAUUGUAGGCAGCAUCAUCAACGGGUUUGCACUUCCUUUGAAGGAAGAACAUCGAACUUUCCUCCUUCGGGUCCUUUUACCCUUGCAUAAGGUUGGUUUUAGGAAAAAAAUGGUGUUAAAAUUUUCAAAUAAUAGUGGUCAAAUGGUUAAAAAAUGGUGGUCGAACGGUCAAGAAUAGGUAAAAUUGAGUAAAGCACAUUUGAAGCAGUAAAGGUGUAGUAAAAUGAUAGGCAAAUCGUCGGAAAAGGCUUUUUUGCGCCCUUUCAAAGGCUCUUAUGCACCAUUCUUGUUUUUUUAAUAUUCCUGUAGCAUUUAGUUUUUUUUUUCACUGACAUGAGGUUGAAGAACAGAAAAAAUGAGUGGUAAAUUAGUUGAGAAAGUUUUUUAGUCAAAAAAAAGGCUUGAGUUUCGAUUUUCUCUUUUAUUUUACGAUGUACUGGAAAAAAUGUUUAGUUGCCACUUUAGGGUCUUUACGUUAUAGUGGCCACCAUAGUAGACGAGUUAGGGGCCACUUAAGUGACUGAAGUUUAGUGGCCUCUUAAGGAGUCUAAGCUAACGUCUUAGAAGCUCUUUUAGUGAUCACUAAGGCGCAAGGUAGUUUCUGCAGUGGCCACUUUAGUGUCCUCCCCAAGUAUUCCUUGAGGCACCCCUUAAGCGGCCACUAGAGUUGUUCACAGUAUAACUUCCGAAUCUUCAGUUUUUCCCAAUGGAAACUCAGGAUUUUUCCAUUUUCAGUUUUAAGUUUAUGAAAACUUACUUUUUUUUUUCUAAAUUACAAAUUUUUUUUUUUAUUAAGGUAGAUAAAAAGGACCAGUUUGAUUCCUAGAACUCAAAAUUAGAUUUCCUAAUUUUUCAGGUGAAGUCCUUAUCAGUCUACCAUCCGCAAUUGGCCUAUUGCGUCGUACAGUUCCUGGAAAAAGACGCUUCUCUGACGGAACCUGUAAUCCACGGCCUUUUACGAUUCUGGCCCAAGCAGCACAGUCCCAAGGAGGUGGGGAAAUGAGAAAAAUGAGGGUUUUCCGAGGUGGAUUGAGAAAGUUUAUUGAAGGGCAUUUUAAAAUUAUCGAUUUUUCACAAAUUUCAAGUGGAUGAGUUCAUGGCUCAACUGUUAGAUUGCCUUAAGAAGGUAUAAAAAAUCAAGUUUUUGGUAAAAAUCGUGGAAUUUUGACAAGACUCUAAGAAAAUUGAAUUUUGAAAGUUUUUCAUGUAUUUUUUAGUGUACUUGAUUCCAAAUAAUGAGUAGGUGGAUUUAAGGUUCUCCGGUCAGAAAAUAUUUAAAAUUAGGGUCUUGGCACGAUCAGCGAAAUAGUGUGCGAAUUUCAGAGACUUUCGAGAAGUUUGGGCUUUUUCAAGACAAAUCGAUGAUUUCUAAAAUUGACCUGUGAAGAAAAUCCUUUUUUUUCCGGAGUUUUUGAGUUUUGUGAGAGCAAAAGUUUUGAAUAGGCUUUGGAUUAACUGAAUUUUUUCUGGAAGUAUAAAUCUUGAAUCGAUUUUUGAAUAACGGAACUUUCUUAAAUAAUUCAAAUAAUCCAAAAAAUAUCUUGUAAUCAUUCAGGUGAUGUUCCUGAACGAGCUGGAGGAGGUAUUGGACGUUAUCGAGCCGAGCGAAUUUCAGAAAAAUCAUGAAGCCGUUGUUCAGACAAAUCGCCCGUUGUGUCAGCAGUCCACAUUUCCAGGUACCUUCUGAAGCUUUUUGAAAGCUCAGUUACUCAAAAAAAUUUUAUCGCUCCAAAAAUUGGUUCAUGUUGAGAGUUUUGAUAGAAAAAUCGCUUCAAAUUUUUAUUUUCAGAUAAUUUUUUUGCAGAAAAAAAUAAUAAUGAAAAACUUGCUUUCGAAGUUUUUUUCUGAAGUUGAACUUCUAGAAAAAAAGAUCUCAUGUUUUUUUACUGGCCAAAUAACGUUAAACGCGGUUCAAAAAAAGCUCCGAAAUUGACUUUUUAAGGUUUGAAAAAGGACAAAAAAAGGGAUGAAAUGAUUUUUCGGAAGUCUCUAUUGAAAAUAAAGAUUUUUAAGUUUCAAGGAAGGCUUUAAAAAUUCUAAAGUAAGUGAUUUUUGAGUUAGAACUCGUCGAGGCUAAAAAUUUUUUUAAACCUAAAAAUAGUGGAUUACAUAUUUUAUUUUUUUCCGCUUGGCUGGGACAUUUUUUUACUUCAUGUUGGAUGCGUUUUUGGCGCCAAUUCGAAAAACGUCACAUUUGUUUGAUUUUUUUCCUAGGGUUCCUGUUGAAAUAUUCAUUAAACAAAUGUUUUUACGGCAAUUCAUAUCAGAGAAAUAAAGAUGAUUUUCAAAGAGGAGGUGAUAACUUUUGAACUGGCGCAAUAAGGCGUCGCAACCGCUUCGCACGUGAACUGCAAAUGCCGCACAUUUUAAACCAAAAAAAAAUCGAUUCUAAAGCUGAUUUCCUGUUUCAAGGUCGCUGAAAGAGCCUUAUACUACUGGAAUAACGAAUAUGUGAUGUCGUUGGUGGCGGAAAACGCCAAGGAAAUCAUUCCGAUCAUGUUUCCGGCGCUCUACCGCAACAGCAAGUCUCACUGGAAUAAGUUGGUUUUUAUUUCUUUGAAAGAAGUUUUCCGUUAAUUAAAAAAAGUGGAUUUCAUGAUUAUGACGUCAUUUUUUGCGAAAAAUUACGUCACAUUUUGAAAAAUUGUUCUUUUAUUCUGUGGAAUGAGGGGGGGGGGGUUUCAAGUUCCGAUAAAAAUUUUACCUAAAAAUAAGGAAUUUUGGGAUAAAUUAUGACGUCAUUUUCGUAAAAAUGGAGAAAAUGACGUCAAAAACCACCCACUUCACCAAAAAAUGACGUCAUAACGUUACCAUUUAUCGUAAAAUCCAUGACAAACUGGUGAAUUUCCGACAGAUCAUGACGUCAUUUUUCGCAAAAGUGUGAGGAAAAUGACGUCAAAAAUCACCUAGUUCAGCCAAAAAUCACGUCAUAACUUUAAUUCUCAUGAAAUUCGUGGCAGUCUGAUUACUUCCCAAAGAAACAUGACGUCAAUUUUGGCCUAAAUAAAGGAAAAAUGACGUCUAAAACUACCUAGUUGAGCGAAAAAUGACGUCAUAACUUCAACACAUUCACUUCACUAUAAGAAUAUAAGAACUUCACUAUAAGAUCCAUGGCAACCUUUUGACUUUCUUCUGAAUUUUGACGUCAUUUUUGACCGAAAUAAGUGAAAAUCGAAGAAUUCGAUCCCGAGAGUUUGCUAGAAAAUAUUGAUUUUUCAGAACGAUUCACGGACUGAUUUACAACGCGCUGAAGAUGUUCAUGGAAAUGAAUCAGAAACUGUUCGACGAGUGCUCCCAGGGCUAUAACAAGGUAAAAUGAGGAUAAUUAAUAAAAUAGUCAGGUUUUUUCUUCACCGGAUUUUCAUAGAACCCUGGAGUUUUGAGAUUGUAACAGUUAAUUUUUGAAAAAUUUUCUCAUAAAAUUCAAUCUAAUUUUUUUAAUCAGUCCUUUUUUCAUGGAAGAGUGACGUAAUUUUUUUGAAUUUUUCCGGAUCAAAAAAAGAUUUGGUUGAAAUUUAGAAUUUUGAUGCAUUAUGGCUUUGACAAGGCGGAAUAACGUCUUCUAAUUGAAAUUUUGGAAAUCUGACUUCAGAAUUGAUUUUAUUUUGGAAAUAAGUUGAAGAGACGAUUUCUUCUGUCCGAUAUCUUUUUCAAAAAUGAAUUUUCGAGGCUCUAAGAAAGAAAAUGGGCCGCCAAAAAAGCACCAAAAGUCGAUUUUGCUGAGUCUCUCCGAAGCUUAGGGUGCUACGAAAAAGGGAGUUUCCCAUCUUUCCGAAGAAUAACUGUACGUAAAAGUCCGCAUUUGGCGUGUUUGCACACUUUGGAGGGUACUUUUUUUUCCAAAUGUGCACUUUAACAUACAGUUCUUUUCGGAAAAAGAAAAAUCGCCCUUUUGUCGUAGUCCUGAAGCUUGAAGCUUAUGUAAAGUGUGUAACUGUUUCUUCUUUUCCACUGUAGGCUCAUUUUAUUGGCAUCUCAAAGUUUGCAUUACUAGGAAAAUAUCACUUUUUCGAACUCAAAGCUUUUUACUAAACAACCAGAUUCAAUUCUGAUUUUCUAGGAAAGAACCCAAGAGAAAACGGCGCUCGAAGAGAAGGAAAGGGCGUGGCAGAAGCUGGAGCACAUCGCCCGCGGCAAUCCUCAUGUUAGCCAAUCAUUCCUAGCCAAGAAAACUGAGUUGUUGCAGUACAUGGAGAUCAAGGCGUUGUUCAACGAGGAGUUCGACGGCGGCGUCAACGGAUUCUCCAGGGAGGAGGUCCAGGAGGUCGACAUCAGCAAGGAGGAGAUCAUGAGGAAUAUCCUCUCGCCCGUCAGUUUUUUUUUUUUGGCAUUUCUAGGGAUUCUGAAGUAUUCUAGUUCGUAAAAGGGAAGUUGAACCUGCAAGAUUUUCAGAAGAUUUGAAAAUCUCGGAGUUGGAGCUGAACAGUUUGAACUUGAGGCUCAAAUUUUUACCUCUUUCAAAAAAAAAGGAGCCUUAUUUUUUUCACUUUUUAGAUGAUUGAGGAAUCAUUAUAGGGCUUGAGAAGAUGAAUAAAAAAUAUGUUUUCCUAGGCAAAAAUAAGUGAUCCCUUAAGAGGUCUGAUCCAGUUCGAAGAAGCGCAGACUUGAUGGCUUUUUUUGAAGGGUUCACUUGAGUGACUUCAGAAAAUCGCUUGAUUUGUAGCAUUUUUUUAAGGGAUCACUUGAGUGACUUCAGAAAUUCACUUGAAUUGAAGGCUUUUUUUUAAGGGAUCACUUGAGUGACUUCAGAAAUUCACUUGAAUUGAGGGCUUUUUUAAGUGACCACUUGAGUGACUUCAGAAAAUCGCUUGAUUUGUAGCAUUUUUUUAAGGGAUCACUUGAGUGACUUCAGAAAUUCACUUGAAUUGAAGGCUUUUUUUUAAGGGAUCACUUGAGUGACUUCAGAAAUUCACUUGAAUUGAGGGCUUUUUUAAGUGACCACUUGAGUGACUUCAGAAAUUCACUUGAAUUGAGGGCUUUUUUAAGGGAUCACUUGAGUGACUUCAGAAAUUCACUUGAAUUGAGGGCUUUUUAAGGGAUCACUUGAGUGACUUCAGAAAAUCUCUUGAAUUGAGGGCUUUUUUAAGUGACCACUUGAGUGACUUCAGAAAAUCUCUUGAAUUGAGGGCUUUUUAAGUGACCACUUGAGUGACUUCAGAAAAUCUCUUGAAUUGAGGGCUUUUUUAAGUGACCACUUGAGUGACUUCAGAAAAUCUCUUGAAUUGAGGGCUUUUUUAAGUGACCACUUGAGUGACUUCAGAAAAUCUCUUGAAUUGAGGGCUUUUUUAAGGGAUCACUUGAGUGACUUCAGAAAUUCACUUGAAUUGAGGGCUUUUUUUUUAAGGGAUCACUUGAGUGACUUCAGAAAAUCUCUUGAAUUGAGGGCUUUUUUAAGUGACCACUUGAGUAAACCACUAGAUUUUUCUCACAGUAAGCUUGAACGUUGAAAGGGUACUAACAACUUCAGAAAAAAAAAUUUUUUUCGGGGUUUAUUUUUGGAUGAGUUUCAAAAGAGUCUUUUGAAAUCAAAGAGUUCAAAAAUAUGAUUUUCUUCUCACAGCAUAGUGGAUAAUACAUUACACGUUCUUUUCAUUGAAAAGCUCAAUUUUUUCGAUUUUUUGAGUAGAAAGGUAAAAAUCAUAGAAGUUUUUAUUCCACGUAAGGAACCGAAAAAUUGGAGACACAAGGUGAUUUUUUCAGUAAAAUUAAAACUGAUUAGUGGGCCUCAAGUGGCCAUUUUAGUGAUCUAUCAGCUUUCAGAAGAACCAGUGUGUACUAUAGUUCGAGGUUUUUUUAGAAGACCUUGAAGGUGUUUUUCAAGUUGUUACUUGAGUGGUUUGGAUGAUUUGGGGGAAUAGUUUGAAAUAUUGAAAGAUAUUUGAAAGAAGAUUUUUAUAACAUCAUGAGUAAGCUCGAAUUCAAAGUUAAAAGCUACUUUCCCAAAAAAACAUUGAAGUGGUUACUUGAGUGAUUUAGGAGAUUUUCCAUUUAGCUUGUAACUAUUAAAAUUAUGAAGCAAUAUAGCUGGAAAAACGAAGCAUUUUUCUAACUUCGAAUUUAAGCCAUCAUAAAUCAGAGAGUUCAGAAAGUUGCCCUCUUUCUUAUCGCACACCAAUCUUGAUAAUACCCUAGAAGUUUUGUCAUCCUGAAAAUUUUUUGGGAGACCAAGUUUGAUCAUAAAAGUCUGAAUUUCAGUCGUCGGUCCACGAACGAGACUCGAGCAUGAACCACAAGAAGAGCGAUUUUCCCGCCGGACGAGAUGACGGCCAAGGCGCUCAACGAGUACCGACGACACGACGCCUACCUCAAAAAGUUGCCCAGUGA